GGGAAAAUGUGACUUCUAGUUUGGGGAGAUUCCUCAAAAAAACUUUCUCUUAUACCUGCAAUGCUAUCUGACCCGAAUGAGCCACCUGAUGGUGGAACUGGUAACUACCUACUCGCAUCUGAGCAAUUUAUUAUUUUCUUUUUCAGAAUGCAGCAAAGCAGUUCAGAAAGAUGUGGCUUUUCCUGACAGUUCCCCCCAACAAGAUGACAAGAUACUCUUCUUCUGUGGUAUUUGCCACAAAGCUUACCAUCAUAAAAGGACACUAAAAGAGCAUAUGAGAAUACACACAGGAGAAAAAUUACAUCAAUGUGAAUUUUGUUUGAAAAAAAUUAUAAAACGCUCUGGUUACAUCAGACAUGUCAAGACACAUACUCGAAAAAAACCAAACCCUAAAUGAUUGUGAAAGUGAAAAUACUUUGAAACUGUUUCCAUGGAGAUAACAAUCUCUAGAAGAACCCCUUUGUAAGUGGUCCGAAGACCAAUUGACUUAUGUUUGAAAUUAACCUCUAUAAGUGAAACACCUCGCAAGUAGAUUUACUUUUAGAGGUACCAAAGAGCUCCACUUAUACAGUAAAACCGGUCUAAUCCGAACGCCAUUGGGACAGGCUAAAAGCGUUAGAGUGGGAGGUGUUCACAUUUCAAAGUUUUUGGAUUCGCAAUAUUCUGGAUUCUGAAGAAAUGUGAACACAUUAUGGGUAAAUAUUUAUGGUUCUUUUGACCACAUAGCUUAAUUUGAAAAUUCAUGCUAGGAAGCCCCAUUAUGAAUGUGAC